AUAAAAAUAUAUUUUUUAAAUUUGGAUACAUUUGGAUUAAUUUUGAAAUAUCGAGGAUGUAUACGUAUUAUUAUCUUAAUUAUUAGAAUUUGUGUUCUCUACGUUAAAGGAAUGUCGAGAAUAUAUACAGGAUAUAGGUAUUUCUUGGACAGUAUCGAGGAUAUAUAGAUUAUCAUUAUUAUUCAUUAAAUAAAGUUAGGACGUACAUAAAUUAAAAUAAACAUAAAAAAAUAAAAGGCCCCAAAGCUAAUAUAUUUAUCCGUGGCUAUUGUCCGCGACGAGCUACUGUGCCUUCUUUUCGGCUAUUUUUGAAUACGCUUCGACUUCGCUUCGCUAUGCUUCGCGCUUCGUCGCUUUUAUAUUUAAAACCGUGGAGGAGGACGAGAGUCCCUCGCUUCGUGGAACUUGUGUCGUUGCGUCCACAUAUUGUUCGGGAGAAACAGAUAAAUUGUCAGCGAUAUUCCUUCCUCCUUCCUGUUAUCUGUGGAGGCGGGACACGAGAGAGGAAACGGAAGAAUAAUAAUAUGCGACUUGCCGACUUCGUUGUAUUGUUUCGCCGCAGAGAUUCGUAGAUAUUCAUAUUCCUGAGUUCAACAUCGGCCGUAACGUACAACCAUAAUUGAGUGGCGUUUUACCUGAAGUGACUUGUACGAGUGACAAGAUAGGAGGCACGAUGCAUACGUCGUACAAAAUAUUAACGAUCGACAUGUUAACGUCGAGUGAUAAUAAAAAUUCAACGGUUUAUCCGGGAUUAUUGAAAGCCGGCUUUUGUUAUUUCCCAAAAAAGCUCUUUCUACUAAUGCAGAAACAGGUCACGGUGAUAGAAUCGAUCGCGGCGUUAGCGACGAUUUGCAUUGUUACGUUGUUGAUACUGGCAAAUUUAGCGCAAACCUCACACACGGAGACAAACAUAGAGCCGGCCGCAUCGCUGAGGUAUGCAUCGUCAAAAUAUGUGUCUGUUGCACGUGCCGUCACGUCUGGAAUAAUGCCGCGAGUUCCGCUGUCGCGGGACCAGAUGGAGGAUGUUAGGCGUGAAUUGGACAGGAGGAGGUGGUGGGUGGCACACGUGUGUGAGACAAUCGACACGAAAAGAUCGCAUCGGAACGCUUCGCUGACAAACAUGAUCAUCGACACGGAGCACAACGUGUCAUGGUGCCCUAUAUACAAGGCGGCGAGUUCCACGUGGAUGAAUUACUUUGCCGUUUUAAAGGACACUUUGACAGAUGUUACUAUAGACUUGGUGCGUCGCAAUCUUACCCAGGUCAGCGAUAUCGUGAGACAAAAAUUUCAACAGGAUGCGGAUUUUAAUAAAACCUAUAAGAAGAUGAGCAGAACGAAGAAGUUCCUAAUUGUGCGACAUCCGCUGGAGCGUCUCUUGUCCGCGUACAGGGAUAAGUUGGAGCACAUGCGGAAUCGCGAGUAUUACUACAAACGUUUCGGUCGGCGCAUCGUGCUCAAAUACCGUCGAUCCGGUAACACGACGAGAUUGGAACCGACGUUUGCCGAAUUUCUGCGAUUUAUAGUCAGCGAGAAGUACUUCGACGAGCACUGGACGCCGUAUUAUCGUACCUGCGAACCCUGCACGAUCCACUACGACUACAUUCUCAAGUUUGAGACUCUAGACAGGGAUCAGAACUUUCUCAUCCAGGAUGCCAAUCUGAGCGGAUACCUGUACGAGAAAGAUUACCCGCGAAACAUUAAUCCCCUGGGAGUGACCACCAGAAAAAUACUCGACGAGUACACCCGAGGAAUAUCGCAAUCGCUUCUCGAUGCAGUUUACAAGAUUUACGAGAACGAUUAUAAAUUGUUCAAUUAUUCGUCCGUUGUCUAAUGCUAUUGGUGUAUUUGUCGAUUAUAUUCAUGCAGGCAGCUCUCAAUUUUUAUACGACGUACAGACAGAUGAAGAAAUGUUAAAACUUGAUGAAAGUUUCGUGAUGUAACGUAAGAACUUUUUAAAUUCUUUUCAUUUUUUCAGAUUCUUUUCAGAGAAAACAUUUUGCUUGUUAAAAUAUACGUUAAAUAUAUUUAAUUAAAAAAUACGUAUAUUCUUUUUCUUAGAUUUUAAAUCCCGUGUAAUCGCAUUAUACUUAGAUAUUUACAUUCAAAUACAUAUUGUAAUAUAUAAAGUAUAAAUUAAGAUAACAUUUACGAAUGGUGAAGAGAUC